GAUGGUCCAACUCCACUAACUAAACAACAUACCUCUAUUAUCCACACAUUUCUUACCUACAAUUUGAUUGAUAUUGAACCCAUUCAUUUAUAAUCUCUUCUGUAGCUGACGCUUUGAAGGUAGAUUUACUGAGACAAAAAUGGAAGCAUUGAAGAACAAGUUCAUCACCAUAAAAUCACGUAUAGAAGAUGAACCACAAGAAUUCAUGUUUGAGAUCAAGACUCAAACAAUUCUUGGGUUGCUGGAACCUGAAUCUAAUGAUGUUAUCGUUAAAUGCCUAUAUAUAUCAAUCGAUCCAGCUCAGAUAAACCGCAUGAAGAAGCAAAGUUCUUCGCAGACUUCUGUUGCACAGGCAUCUGAAAUCACACCUGGAAUGUGGAAUAUUCCGUUAACGGUAACGGGGAAAUGUAACGGGGAAACUUGGGUUGUCACAGAAUAUACGAUUGUGAAAGGUGGAAACAUGUUAUGGAAAUUAGAAGCCAUGGAAUUUCCUUUGUCUUAUCAUAUUAGUGUUAUUGGAACUAGCGGGCUCAUAGCAUAUGGAGGUUUUUUCCAAAUAUGUAGACCUAAGAAAGGAGAAAAGGUGUUCGUUUCUGCAGCCGCUGGAUCUGUUGCCAAUUUGGUUGGACAAUACGCAAAAUUGUUUGGUUGUUAUGUUGUUGGUUGUGCAGGAACCAAAGAAAAGGGAGACUUGCUCAAAGGAAAGCUUAAGUUCGAUGAUGCUUUCAACUACAAAGAAGAAACAGAUUUAAUCUCUACUCUUCGAAGGUACUUCCCAAAUGGUAUAGACAUAUACUUUGACAAUGUAGGAGGAGAUAUGCUUGAGGCUGUUGUUGCCAAUAUGAACACUUAUGGAAGAGUUGCCGUAUAUGGUGCAAUUUCAGACUACACAAAUUUAGGAAAACGAGCUACACUAAACAUGAUAGAUGUCAUCUACAAGCGAAUUAUUAUUAAAGGGUUUUUGAGUACAGAUUUUUCUUUAAAUGAAAUCAAGGACUUCAUGUCGACAACAACUAAUUAUGUUUGUGUUGGAAAAUUAUGUGUGCUUGAGAAUAUUUCAUAUGGAAUUGAGAUUAUUCCAUAUGCUUUUAUAGGUCUCUUCCAAUGGAGGAAUGUGGGAAAGAAAAUUGUGCAAAUCGCUGAGGAAUGAGUUGUAUUUGUCUUGAUUACAAACUAUAAGCAUGCAACACUCUCAAUUUAUGUUUAAUUUCUCAAAUAAUAAUGACUAAUUUUUUCCCAUAAACUAUUUCUUACCCAAUGUAAAUGUAACUUGUGUUAUUGAUAAGAGGUUUUGAUUUU